UUUUCUCAGCUACUAUCCAUCCUAUUUUAUGUGAGGUGAUCAAGAGACAUGAGGGUGUUACUAUGCUGGCAUAUCUAGAUGACAUCUAUGUGGUAGGUCCAGUCAAUAGUCUUCGAAAUAUUUUGGAUGAUUUGAAGUCUUCCCUGUCCACGUUGCAUUUGGAAAUUUUAGACAGAAAGUGUGAGUUGUUUUGUCCCUCUGGUAAUGUCUGUAAUUUUCCAACUCCAGUUACCUCUGAUGGCACUAUUAUACUAGGCACACCAGUAGGAAAACCUGAAUUUGUUCGUUCUCAAUGUGCUGACAUUGCCAAGGGUGGGAAGGAACUUUGCCGUGAAUUGGCCCUGCUGAAUAAUCGGCAAAUCUCCAUGCUGAUUCUACGACACUGUCAUGUGCCUAGAUUGAACUACUUGGCAAGGCAAGUAUUUCCUCGUGAUCUAGAACUGGCAGCAGUCAUCCAUGACAAAAUGACUAGAUCUUCAUUUGUGGACAUCAUUGGUUUCAAUCAUUUGAAUGAUACAGCCUGGAAACAAGCGACUCUAAAGCUGAAGAAUGGAGGCUUUGGUUUAACACAGAUUGGACAAAUUUCUCAUGCUGCUUUUGUGUCUUCUUGGUGUCAAUCAAUGAAAGAAUUGCCAUCUCGUUUCUUGUGUAUGACUGACUUGGUUGAUUAUCUUACUUCUUCUAAAGAAAAGUCGGGGUCGAUUGGCUCAGAAGUAAUUUCUAGCUUUUCCGACUUGCCACCAUUGUCCAAGUCAGCUGACAAUGAUGAAGAUUUUCAAACACUUGAUGACAUCAUCGCUUAUCCUAAGAAACUGCAGCACCGUCUUUGUACUGAGAUAAACGAAAUUAAUGUGUCUGAACUCAUUGCUCAGGCUCCUUCUGAUAAAGAUGCGGCAAGGCUGCGGUCAUUGCAAGGUCGUGGAGCCGGAGAUUGCGUCCUAUUUGAGGUUGGGAUUGGCUUUACCGUUUACCAAGUGGGUGAAAGUGUGUGACUGUGGACAACAACUGGAUCAACAAGGAUACCACCUACUAACAUGUAAAUAUGGAGGAGGUCCUGUCUGGACCCACAAUACUAUCUUGAAGGGUUGGAGUGAAUGUUUGAGUGAUUUGCACAUUCCCCAUCAAACCGAACCCCGGCAUCGUUUUGUUAGUAGCGAAAACCGUCCUGAUAUGACACUCUUUGAUUCUGAAACAGGACAGAAUCUUGACGUGGAUGUUUCAUUAGCACACCCAUGGAGUAAGGAUGCUCUCAACCACGCACACAGAGAAGAAGGGUAUGCUGCAAAAGUAAGAGAGGAGAAGAAACUAAAGAAAUACUCAGGAGAGGUCCUGCAUGGUGGUUUAUCAUCCAAGUGUGUUCCACUAGUCUUUGAACAUUUUGGUUUGUGGGGCUCGCACGCACACAAGUUUUUGUCUCAUAUAUCUAGGCAAAGCUACAAUACCACUCAUGCACAUCCUUUUAACAGCGCUCAACGUUUUAAGGCAUUCUGGAGAAAGCAAUUUUCCAUCAUUCUUCAGAGAUGCAACGCCAGAGUGAUUUCGAGGAAGCUGUCGAGAUUUUCAUGCAGUACAAACGACAGUGACAUAAUGUUUGACUGCAAUGUUGUAGGCCAAGUCCAUUAAUGUGUUAUAAUUUGCUUAGUUAUGAAGGACUGGUAGAUAUUUGAAAGUUUCCUGUACAUACGUAGAGUUUUGAUGAUAAUAAAUGAAUCUGUCUGUCUGUCUGUCUGUCUGUCUGUCUGUCUGUCUGUC